AUGAAGGACUAUGAGGAAACCAUUGCAUUUUUAGGAGAAUGGGGACCUUUCCAAAGACUGAUUUUUGUUCUCCUGAGCCUUAAUGCCAUCCCCAGUGGAUACAUAUCUCUUUCAAUGGUCUUCAUAGCAGACACUCCUCCUCAUCACUGCAGAGUUCCAUCCCUGAACAGCAGCUAUGGAGGACUGGGCUACAAUCUGUCCAUCCCGACUGAGGAGCUGAAAGGGGAGACCAUCCUGAGUCGCUGCAGACGCUACACUGAACAGGAAGACUCUGGCUCUCCCUACAGCUAUGACACAGAGGGCUGCGUGGAUGGCUGGGUGUUCAGCAAGGAGAGAUAUGUGUCAACUAUUGUCACUGAGUGGAGUCUGGUGUGUGACGAUGCCUGGAAGUCUCCUUUCACCCUGACUAUUGUCUUUGCUGGAGUGCUUGUUGGAUCGUUGUGUUCUGGAAUUUUGUCAGACAGGUACGGCAGGAGGAUCAUCUUUUUUUCUGCCAAGGCUGUGGAGACUAUAUGCUACACAGCCUUGGCUAUGUCCCAAAGCUGGGAGAUGUUCUGUGCUCUCUAUUUCAUCAUAGGAGUGAUGGACAUCUCAAGCUACUGUACUGCUUUUAUACUUGGCUCAGAGCUCCUGAUUAAAUCAACACGUGAGACUUUUGGCAUUCUUGGGGUCUGUCUGUCCUACGCCACUGGCUAUGCCGUCCUGCCACUCUUUGCAUACUUCAUUCGGGACUGGAGAACACUGCAGAUAGGACUGUCUAUAGUGGGGUAUCUGUAUAUUCCACUCUGGUGGUUCAUCCCAGAGUCCCCCCGCUGGCUCAUCACUCAGGGCCGGUUGCAGGAGGCAGAGGCCAUCAUUCGAGCUGCUGCCAAGAAGAACGGCAUCACGCCACCAGAGGACAUCUUCCAGACAGAGUUCAGAAUCAACACUAAGGAAAUUGACCAGAAAUCCAGUGGUCAGGAAAAUUACACUUGGCUGGAUCUCCUAAAAACUGUGAAUAUGAGAAACAUUACCAUUAUAAACAUCACUAUCUGGAUAACCAUAUCCUUGAUAUACUACGGCCUGUCCUUUAACACCUCUAAUCUGGAUGGAGAUCCGUAUCGCAACUGCCUAAUUUCCGCUGCCACAGAAUUUCUUGCCUAUGCUUUUCUGCGGUUCACCAUACGCUACGUUCCACGGCGGGUGAUUCUGCCAUUCACUCUUCUUCUUGGAGGUGCUUUGCUGCUGCUCAUCCAGCUUGUGCCUGCAGAGCUAAGUGGGCUGACUGUCACCUUGGCAAUGACAGGAAGAUUGGUUGUAACCGGGGCCUAUGCAUUUGUUUAUGUGUAUUCCACGGAAAUCUUUCCCACUGUCGUACGCAAUAUGGGAUUAGGUGUCAGCUCCAUGGCGGCCAGAAUCGGAAGUGGCGUCUCACCAUACGUAGCCCAUAUUGGCACAUAUAACAAGACAUUACCUUUUAUCCUGAUGGGAACAAUCUCUCUAUUCUCUGGUGGUCUGAGUCUGUUGUUACCAGAGACAAAAAAUGAAAAACUCCCAGAACUCAUUAGCCAAGUCAAACCUCUUCAAUGGUGUUGCAACAAGAAGAGGACUGCUGAAAUUAACAGUCCGGAUGGAGAUGUGCAGGGCUCUAAAUUAGCACCCGCCAACCAGUCAAAUGCUGGUGAAAAUUCAGUUUGGCUGGUAGAAAAGAACGCCUACUAGCCACUUCGACUGACAGUGAAUGUAUGUUUGGCUAGUACAAUUUACAAGCCAAAUUUACAAGUACAAUGUACUAGCCAAAUUUGGCUAGCAAUGAAAAAGGUUAAUUUAUAGCCCUGGAGAUGUGCAUUAGAGUGAUGACCCUACCAAUAGCUUGAAAGGCUGAAAUGAAUAAUUGAAGACAUACUAUAUAACAUAUUAAUCACCACCUGUAGACAUUGUGUACAUUCUGGAAGUUGUUUUGCCUUACGAUCACCACUGAAUUUAAAUGUUUGA